AUGGACGGCAGGCGGCGGGACGGGUUCAAGCUGGGCCAGUGGUGGCUGCGGGGCGGCCCGCGCGACGAGCUGCGCCCGGAGCUGGUGGAGGCGGACUGGGGGCUGCUGCGCCACGGCUUCGUGUGGCACCCGGACGCCUUCCGCAUCGCCGCGGAGGCGGUGCACCACUUGGGGCUCUUCGACUACGUGGCCUUCCACGCCAGGUUCGGCGAUUUUGCGGAGCACCAGGCGCAGCGCUCGCCAGAGGAGAUCUACGAGGACUGGCGGCCGCUCAUCGCCAACGCCUCCGCGCUCUACGUGGCCACCGACCGCCAGGAGCAGUUCGACGGCUUCGCCGAGCGCCACGGCGUCCGGCUGGUGAUGUGGCCGGACCUCUUCACGGCCGCCACCGGCGGGGUGUUGUCUGAGGUGAGGCGGCAGUACACCCCCGAGAGGUUCUUCAAGCUCACUGGCCUGGUGGAGGAGCUGAUCUGCACAUACGCGAAGGUCUUCGUCGGCACCGACCGCUCGAGCUUCUCCGGCCACAUCCAGAGGAUGCGUAUCCACGCGGACGCGCCCGUCCCGCAACGCCUGACGCACACGGACGGCUCCCCCGGCACCCUCGCGGACCGCGGGGUGCAGGUGCCGCUGGAGGAGAUCCAGCGGUCGAUCCAGCAGUGGGAGCAAGGACUGGCACGUGCCGCCCGUCACCCAGGGCGACCACUUCAGGAAGAGGACGGCCGCCCUCGGCGCCAGGAGAGGUACUACGACUAG